UGUUUGACAAAAGACAUAUGGCAUGAAGUCACAAAGGAGAUCGCACCGCCCGUUCUUCAGGACAUCCAGAAGCAUGAAAAAGUAAAGAACUAAGAAUCAAGAAGCCCUGACAAUGGAAAUGGAAUUGCUGCUAGCUCUGAUCUUCCUGUCCAUGACUGUCCACAGCAUAAACAGUAAUAAUUUCACAUUGGAGAAAAAUGAAUCUUCUAGUCUAGUCCCAAGGACGUUUCGCUUAUAUCAUGAAAGAAAAGAGAAACACCAGCUUGAUGAAAAAUCAAUGACUAUAUCAAAUGGAACCAUUGAUAAUACAUCAGAUCACAGGAUCCUAAAACGGAUCCUAAAACCUUCCUCAGGACAUAGAAACAAAGAUCCUUCAUCAGGACGAAGAAACACAGACCCUUUAUCAGGACGAAGAACCUCAGACCCUUCAUCAGGACCAAAAACCUCAGACCCUUCAUCAGGACGAAGAACCUCAGACCCUUCAUCAGUAGAAAAAGCUUCAGAUCCUUCUUCAGGACAUAGAGCAGCAAAGCAUUCACCAGGUCAUGACAUCUCUAAGCCUAUAUCAAAUUAUAGCCACAACACCGAGCCAAACAAGUCUAACUUGAUGGUCAACAACUCUACUUUGUUAUACUUAAGAAGCUCUAUCAGUACAAAGCUAAUUCCAGCCAUAUACAUAAUAGUCAUUCUUAUUGGGAUACCAGCUAAUGCAAUCAUCCUAAAAAUGCUCUUCUCUAGAGACAGAACUGUCUGCACUGCCAUAUUCUACACCAACCUUGCCAUUACCGACUUGCUUUUCUGCCUCAUGCUACCAUUUAAAGCUGCAUACCACCUGAAUGGCAACAACUGGAUAUUUGGAGAAGCUAUGUGCCGCAUCAUGACUAUUUUCUUCUAUGGAAACAUGUAUUGCUCAAUCCUUCUCCUCAUGUCCAUCAGUAUCAGCCGCUACAUUGCUAUAGUCCACCCUUUCAUAUACAGGAGCUUACCAAAACGGACAUGUGCCAUUCUCCUGUGUGCCCUUGUGUGGAUCACGGUCCUAACGUUCAUGAUACCAUUCCUCAUCAAUAAGCAGACCUACGACUUAAGGAAGCCACCCAUUGUCACCUGCAAUGACAUCUAUGAAAUCUCCGCUGAUGCCUUUCAAAUCACUUAUUUCAUAUCGCUUGCUGUAUUUGGAUACCUCAUUCCGUUCUCGGUGAUCACAUUCUGUUAUGUUUCGAUCAUAAGGACCUUGGGAACCCAUAACCAGAAAUGGUAUCUGUACCUCAAAAUAACCAUCCUGCUUCUGAUUAUAUUCACCUUAUGCUUCACUCCAAGUAACAUCAUCUUGAUUAUACACCAAGUCCGAUACCAUUACACCAAAAUGGAUGACACGUAUGGGAGUUACCUCAUUGCUUUAUGUUUCAGCAGUCUGAACAGUUGUCUGGAUCCUUUCCUUUAUUUUCUUAUGUCUGAAAUCACCAAGCCUUCCAACAAAUACGCUAAAAUUAAUAAGGUGCCUAAAGAAACUGACAUGAAGUUGCUCGCUUCGUAACUGCUAGGGUCAGCGUGAUCAUAUCUGGUAACCAUUAUUAUUGCGCCACCUGCUGGACUGUCAUGGAUUUUAUCAACGCAAAAGGUUGAAUGUUGCAAAUACAAGAAAGCUGCUUAAAAUGUGAAACUUGUGAAUACAGACAAAUCUGGUUAUAAAGCGAGAAAAUGACACACUGACGUAUUUUGGGGCUUCAUAGCACUUUACAUGGCUCAGCCAUUGGAUAUUAAGGGACUGAGUGUUGCAGUAUGUUACAUCCGGAGAGGUAUACAUUAAUGCAUACAUUCUGCUCUGUGUUUCGUUUCUGCUUCCAUUUUGAAUAGUUACAUAUAUAAUAUGGGGAAAUUUUAAAAUAUAUACACAGUCAAAAGGUUUUACUUUAAAUGUUCUGUGAAAGUAUCCUACCUUGUAUGUAUCUGACUGUAUGGGAAUAUAUUUUACAAAGAGUUUCUAAAAUUGGCUACAGUUAUUUUCCGAACCCCAGGAACUGUGAUUGUGGGGGAAGUGUAAAGCCCCCUUUACAGGCGCUCACUUUGGAGGCAAUUAUCAGCAAUGAACCAUUUGUUCCUGAUAAUU